CAAACACCAACCACAACCAAACCAAUAUUCAUCAACCCCAUUAAUUCCCACCUUCCAUAUCCUUCCUAAAUGCCUCGUCUCCUCAUUUUCUCUCUCCUCCUUCUCUCCCUCUCUCUCUCAUCCUUAGCUCACAGCGGCCACCACGACGACGACGUCGACGAGAACGACGCCGUAACCUCCUCUUCUCUCCACUCCACGUCCCUAAUACUGACCAAAAUAUGGUGUUUGAUACUGAUUUUCGCUGCCACUUUUAUCGGCGGUUUGUCGCCGUAUUUCCUGAAAUGGGACGAGAGGUUUUUGGUGUUGGGCACGCAGUUCGCCGGCGGAGUGUUUCUGGGCACGGCUCUUAUGCACUUCUUGAACGACGCCAAUGAGGCUUUUGAGGAUUUGACGACAAAGGAAUAUCCUUUUGCGUUUAUGUUGGCUUGUUUUGGGUUUUUGCUCACUUUGCUUGCGGAUUGUGUCGUUUCUCAUGUGUUUGAUAAGGAGAUAAAUGGUGGGAAUGGCGAUGUUGAGGUUGGAGGGAGUAUUGAGAAGGGAAAGGUUGGACAAAAUGGUGGAACCCCACAAAGCCAUUUCCAGAGCCAUGACACUAAACACCAUGCAAAUCCAGCUACUAGUGUUGCAACUGUUGGUUCAUUAGGGGACAGUAUUAUGCUGAUUGUGGCUCUAUGUUUUCACUCCCUUUUCGAGGGAAUCGCCAUCGGAGUAGCGGAGACAAAAGCCGAUGCUUGGAAAGCUCUUUGGACUAUUUCUCUUCACAAGAUAUUUGCAGCCAUUGCCAUGGGAAUUGCCCUCCUCCGGAUGAUCCCGAACCGUCCUCUGUUAUCAUGCGCAGCCUAUGCAUUUGCCUUUGCCAUUUCUAGUCCGAUUGGUGUGGUAAUCGGGAUAAUAAUUGAUGCCACGACACAAGGUCCCGUGGCUGAUUGGAUCUUCGCGAUAUCCAUGGGCUUGGCUUGUGGGGUGUUCAUCUAUGUGUCCAUAAAUCAUCUUCUAGCCAUGGGCUAUACGCCUCAGAAAACGGUUUAUGUGGACACUCCUUUUCUCAAGUUUUCGGCUGUGUUGCUUGGUAUUGGGGUUAUUGCUGUUGUGAUGAUCUGGGACACUUGAAAUUAAGUUUUACUUGUCUAGUUUUUUGCCCUUAGUUUGCCUGUGAUAGCCACUGAGACAGGGAAGAAGGUAUUGUUGUGUUGUGAAAAUUAAUUCUUAGUGCAAUGCAAUGCUAUACGGAAAUGUAGUCAGCAUAAUACUACUAAAGAAAUCUAAAUUUUUUUCUUGGGAUAUUUUCUGUAUCCCCCAA